AGGGCCUAGCCAAAAGCUUCUUUGGAUCACAUUCAGAAUUGCAUCGAUUCGAAGUUAAGCAGUCUGAUGCGGUCGGCUAUGAAAACAAAUACUUUGAAGAAUCACCUGAUUUACGUACUAUUUCAGGAUCACACAAAAACCAGGGCCUCCCUCGCUCUCACGGAGCCUCCUGGGUUUCUCGCGACACUCACCCAGGCUGCGGUCACGGAGUAGUUCCCUCCUCCUUCCGUCUUCAGCUUCAAAUCUCUCCGUUUCUUCCGGACGCCUCAUCUUGCAUUCUGUGGUACAGUGGUGAUGAGGCCCACAAGAACCAUCAUCAAUGACUGCUGCUUCAUCUCGCACCGUAAGAAUCUCUCUUCUUCGUUGGUCGGACGCUCCUGUCAUUUUUCUUCUUCUCUUGGCGACCUCUCCGCAAUCAACUCCAGGGAAGCUCAGUUUAUGGGCGUCGACCAUCAUCUCAGGUCCCUCUGCAGACCCAGUUUCCGGUUCCAGGAAGCGAUUGGCCUCUUCGAUGCUGCGAUAUCUUCUGCUUCAAAUCCCUCGGUUAUUACUGCCAACAUUCUUCUCGACGCGUUGAUGAAAUCGUACAAAUAUGAAACCGCGGUGUUGGUGUACAGGAAGAUGGCCGGAGCAUCAAUUUCGCCGGACUACGUGACCAUGAACUCGAUUCUUGCUUGUUUCUGCAACACCCACAAACCCGAACUCGCGUUCGGUGUACUGGGCUUGACUUUGAAACAUGGGUAUGAGAUUAAGGUUCAUUCGGUGAACAUUUUGGUCAAAUGCUUGUUCAAGGAGCGGCGGGACUCGAAGGCUAUGGAGUUGUUUAGGGACAUGGGCAGGGCGGGAAUUUGUUGCGAUGUUAUAACUUAUAAUAUUGUUAUGAAUGGUAUGUGUAAAUUGAUGAAAUUGGACGAUGCAUUCGGGUUGUUAAUGGAAAUGGAGAACCAUAGUUGUCGUCCUAAUAUUGCUAGUUAUACAAUUCUGAUGAAUGGUCUUUGUAAAAAUGGCAGAGUCGAUGAAGCUCUAGGUUUGCUAGAAGAGAUGUGCGGGAAAGGCCUCAAUCCAGACGUCUUCGUGUACAGUUUGCUCAUUAAUGGUCUCUGUGACAAGGGAGAUGUUCAGAAGGCCAUGGAACUGUUCAGCGAGAUGCACGUAAAAAGGAUAUCUGCUAAUGUGGUGACAUAUACAAGUUUGAUCCAUGGUCUGUGUAAGCUUGGCGAUUGGAAGAGUGCGAUUGAAAUGUAUGAUAGUAUGGUUAGUCAGGAUCUCAAACCUGACGUUAUUACGUAUACAGGACUUAUUGAUGGGCUUUGCAAACAUGGAAGACUUGAUAAAGCCACAGACAUGUUCGAUAAGAUGUUGCAGAAAGCAGUGGAACCUAGUGUAGUGACAUAUAAUAUUUUAAUUAAUGGGCUCUGUAAGGAAGGUCGUGCGGCUGAUGCUAUUGGGCUUCUCAAGAGAAUGAUUGAUAAAGGAAAAGAUCCUGAUGUAGUGACGUAUAACACAUUAAUACUUGGACUUUGUGACGCAAACAAAGUUGAUGAAGCAAAGGAACUCUUUGAGAAAGUUCUUCAAGCAAGGCUCGAAGGGGGCUCAUCUGUUAAGCCGGAUGCAGUGACCUGUAAUACGCUGAUCCAUGGCUUGUGCAAAGAAGGUCGUAUCUACGAAGCUAUGGAAAUCUUCCAUACGAUGGUUAGAUGGAAACUCCAGAAUGUUAUGACUUUUAACUUGUUGAUUGAUGGGUUGUACAAGUUAGGCUGCAUGGAGGAGGCAGCAAAGCUUCAACAAGACAUGACUGACAUGGGAUUCAAGCCAAAUGAUGUUACUUACAGUGUCAUGAUAGAUGGAUUAUGCAAAAAUAGAAAAGUAGGCACAGCUAAAAGGCUCUUCGAGGAAAUGCAGGAUCAGGGUCACAGUCCUACGCUGUUUGACUAUAACAUAAUGCUGUCAGCUUUGUGUAAGGGGCAUCAUUUCCAGGAAGCCAUGGGUUUAUAUUACAAAAUGAACUGUGGAAGCUGCAAGCCUGAUGUCGUAUCUUUCAAUGCGCUGAUAGAUGGUGCACGUAUAGAAAGGGACCUUCAAGCUGCAGAAGAGUUGCUACGAGACAUGAUCGAAAUGGGUUUGGUCCCUGAUAGUGUAACUUACUCGAUCUUAAUAAACUGGUAUGCGAAAGCUGGGAAGUUAGAUGAAGCCACUGCGCUGUUUGAGAACAUGCUUUCCAAGGGCUAUGUUCCAGACGUAGUUACAUACGAUUCUCUCGUCAAGGGUUUCGGAAUAUUGGGUGAAACGAAGAAAAUUAUUGAUCUACUCCAUCAGAUGGCAGCAAGGGACGUUGUUCUGGAUGUCAAAAUGUAUGCGACUGUCUUGAAUUAUAUUUGCAAAGAUGCUGAAUAUGCCAAUUUCAAGGACAUGAUACCUAUCUUUGCCAAGAAAAGCUCUACUGUUUCAUGCAAGGAUUUGCUAGCAAAGCUUCACCAUUCUGGCGAGCUGCAAAAUACCGCAGUCCCUUGAAUUAGAUAGUAGUAGUUUCAAACCUACAGCUGCAACAUUGAUUACUCAAAAUAGCACUUUUUCGUGCUUUGUGCACCUUGAAACUUCUGAAAAUCAGGGACUCUCCUGAAGUGUGUUUGCGCCUGCUUGUUACUAUUCAUCAGAAGAUUGGCAAGAAUCUUGUUGAAGGCCUUAUCAAUGUGGAAUUGAGAGAAGGGGAUAACUAGUUUCAGUAUGGUACAGAUUAGAAGUUAAGAACUUAACAAUGUUGGGAGAUUUGGCUUAGAAGCUGGAAAGGUAUUUGAUCAUUUCAUGACCUUGGGUUAAAUCCUCCGGAGAUUGCUCAGGUUUGCACAAAAAGGCCCUUCUUGUCAUAUCUAAGCUUUGAGGGAUCCAGAUACGCAAGGAAGUAAAACACCCAAAAGUUAGAUUGGUCUUUUCUUCUUUGAUGCUGCUUUAGGUCAAAAUGUCUGAAUGCCGGGUAGUUGAAACUGAAGAUUUCUAAACCCUGGGUGGUUGGUGAUAGAAAUGUAGCACCAAUAUCUGUAACCCGAAAACAGCACUCACGCAGGAAGAUAGAGAGAGAGAGAGAGAGAGAGAGAGAGAGAGAAUGAAAACAAGAAGAAACUGAGGAGAAGAAGCCGUAGCCAAAAUGGUUUGCACGGCCUCUAUUUAUAAUUUCAUUUUCAGAAUUCUAAGAGUCUCCAAUCGUAGAAUCCUAGGAGAUUUCACAAGCUCCAAGGACAUUAAUUACAUCAUAGAAACCUAAGAGACUUCAUAUAUUACAAGGAUAUUAACUACAACAUAGAAUCCUAGGAGACUUCCCAUAUAACAAGGAUAUUAACUAUAACAUAGAAUCCUAGGAGACUCUUCACAUGUUACAAGGACAUUAAAUAUUUUAACACAUUCUACAAGGAGGUGGAAUCCUAAGAGACUCCUCUUCAACGUGCUGGUGAAGGAUUUAUAUUUUAACACCCUCCCUCAAGUUGUGCAUGGUUUUGCACCAUGUACAACUUGCCUUUUAGAAACCAGAAUCGUUCCUUUGUUAAUCCUUUUGUAAAUAAGUCUGCAACUUGUUCAUCUGUACGAACAUAAAUAGGCUGAAUUUCAUUGUCUUCCACCUUUUGUCUAACAAAGUGUUGAUCAAUCUCAAUGUGCUUUGUUCGACCAUGUUGUACGGGAUUAAAGGCAAUGUUAAUAGCGCUUUGAUUAUCGCACAUUAACAUUGAUGUUUUAAUCUUUUCUCCAAUGUCUUCUAGCAAAUGUCUAACCCAUGUAACUUCAGCAGUACCUGCAGCCAUGCAUCUGUAUUCAGCUUCAGUGCUGGAUCUUGCUACUGCCUUUUGCUUUCGACAACUCCAAGACACAAGAUUACGUCCAAUGAAAAUACAAAAACCAGAAAUGGACUUUCUUUGAUCGGGAUCUCCAGCCUAAUCUGCAUCUGUGAAUGUCAUAAGUUGAUGUCCAGUAGUUAUAUUUUCACUCUUACCAUAAACUAAGCCAUCUCCUGCUGUCCCUUUAAGAUAUCUUAAUAUUCUUUUGACAGCAUCCAUGUGAGUAUCUCUAGGUGCAUGCAUAAAUUGGGAUACUUGAUUCACAUCAUAUAUAAUAUCUGGUCUAGUAAAUGUAAGAUAUUGAAGUGCCCCAACAAUACUUCGAUAUUGCGUAGGAUCUUCAUAUAACUCCCCAUCUUGAGCACUUAGUCUUUGAUUUAGAACACUAGGAGUUCCAACAGGCUUACAAUCAGACAUACCUGACUUUUUCAACAAAUCCAACGUGUAUUUCUGUUGUGUCAAUGUGAGGCGAUUAUUGUGCCUAUCAAUCUCCACUCCAAGAAAGAAUCGUAAAUCACCAAGCUCUUUCAUUUUGAAGUUUUGCAUCAUCAAAACUUUAGCUUCUUCUAUGUGUUUUUC